AUGUUAGUCAUAUGCUUCGCAGAAACCCUCCACACGCCCAAGUACAUGGCCGUGUUCAGCCUGGCUGUGGUGGACAUUAGUCUCAGCUCCGCUCUCAUUCCCCAAGCUGUCUAUAUGUUUGUCUUUGAUUCAAAAUUCGUAUAUUACAACCCUUGCAUAGCACAAAUAUUCUUCGUUCAUUACUUUGCAUCAAUGGAAUCAUUUUCUCUCUGUGUUUUAGCCUACGACAGGGUCAUCGCUAUAUGUUUCCCAUUAAGAUGCAAUGUUAUGAAUACCAACUGUAAAAUGAUGCUGAUUAUUAUUGUGGCUUGGACAAUACCGUUCAUCAUGUAUGUGGCGAUGACUGCCUUGAUUCUCCCACUGAAAUAUUGUAAAUCGACUAUUGUCAACAGCUUCUUCUGUGAUCACGGACCGGUCUUUAAGAUUGCUUGCGGUGAUUAUUCUAAAAACUGGUUAAUGGCCAGUAUUAACAUUGUAGUCUCGUACUUUGCCCCUUCUGCCUUCAUAGCUGUCUCAUACAUGUUUAUUAUUAACGCCAUUUUGAAGAUUAAAUCGUCAGAGGGAAGGUGGAAAGCGUUUAAAACGUGUUCUUCGCACUUAAUGUUGGUUGCUAUAUUUUUCGUUCCUUUUUACAUUACCUACAUCGUGGCAUGGGUUAAUGUGAACAUUGAUACGGACACCAGAAUUAUUAACACGUCCCUGGCUUCCUGUUGA